AUGUCCCCUAAACAAGCCCCUCCCCAAAUCAUCGUCAAGAACCUCUCCUACACAUUCCCCGACUUCUCGACCGGCGUCCGCAACAUCUCCCUCGACCUGCCCCCCCGCUCCCGCACCCUCCUCAUCGGGGCCAACGGCGCCGGCAAGACGACGCUCCUCCGCCUGCUCGCCGGCAAGCGCCUGGCCCCCGGCGACGCAAUCUCCAUCUGCGGCGUCGACCCCUUCAAGGAAGGGCUCGAGGGCGUCACCUACCUCGGCCUCGAGUGGGUGCUCAACCCCAUCGUCCGCAACGACAUUGGCGUCAUGGAGCUGCUGCGCUCCGUCGGCGGCGACGCCUAUCCCGCCCGCCGCGACGAGCUCGUCCACAUGCUCGACAUCGACACCAACUGGCGCAUGCACGCCGUGUCCGACGGCGAGCGCCGCAGGGUCCAGCUGGCCAUGGGCCUCCUGCGGCCCUGGACCGUCCUCUUCCUCGACGAAAUCACCGUCGACCUCGACGUCCUCAGCCGCUUCCAGUUCCUCGCCUGGCUCAAGCGCGAGACCGAGACCCGCGAGUGCACCAUCGUCUACGCCACCCACAUCCUCGACAACCUCGCCGGCUGGCCCACCCACCUCGUCCACAUGCAUCUCGGCACCGUCAAGGAGUGGGACACGGCCGACAACAUGCUGCGCUCCAUUGACGCCACCGUCGGCCCCACGGGCAACAGCCGCCUCGGAGAGCUCGUCAUGGGCUGGCUGAGGGACGACCUCAAGGCGAGAGGCCCCAGGAGCCAGGCCAACAUUGCCCCCGAGGGCAAGACGUAUGGCUUCGGCGGCAUCAAGAUUGGCGGCUAUGGUGAUGAGUCCAAGCAAAGGGAGAAUUAA